UAACUUGGAUUAAUCUACACAGGUCAGUGCAUGAACUUGCGUUUUGUCGGGUUUUAGGUCCCGAUCGUGGAGUUGUUUUUAAUUUAUUCUCGUUUCUUGUCCGCUUGAUGGCAGCUAUGCAUGCUAUACGUGUUGUUAUAGGCUACGUGUGUGCCUAUGUGGUCGUGCUGUGGAUGGCGACGCCGGGCCCAGCACUUUCACACCGGGCUCGGCUUUUUCUUCGCAAGGAUGUUAAAGUGCUCGUUUGUGGUGUCAAGGCUUUGGUCAGGAAGGCGUUCGGUGUGUGCUUGUGUGCACGGCUUGUCUUUUUGCGUGAGGUGUGUGGCUUGCUGGGGGAAAGCAGUCCUCUUUUCCCUUUAGCCUGGAAUGUUCUUGAAGAAAAAAAGCAGUGGGUGAAGCACCAUCCACCACUUUCAUGCUUUCAGAAGUUGGGAUUUGACUCGCAUGAGAUGUGCUUAGACCAGAAAUAAAGUUGGGACAAAACAAAGUUAGAGCCUAAACCAGCCGAUUGUGUAGCAGCAGCUUGUGCUAAUGUGCUGGAGGCUCCAGAGCCACUGGAGCCAACAAGUCGGGCUUCCUCCCUCAUCCAGGCGCCGGUGUGCCGAUAUACCGAUAUACUGAUAUACCGAUAUACUGAUAUACCGAUAUACUGAUAUACCGAUAUACUGAUAUACUGAUAUACCGAUAUACUGAUAUACCGAAAUGUGAUAUUAUCAGCCCGAAGUUUGACUGCAAGCAUCGUCAUGUAUCUCUCUGUGCUGCUGUCUUGGAGGAUAUAUAUAUAUAAUAUAAUGUGUGUGUGUGUGUGUGUGUAUGUAUAUAUGUAUGUGAUUUUGUGUGUGUGUGUGUGUGUGUGUGUGCAUAUAUGUAUGUACAAUGUAUGUAUAUGUAUGCAUGCAAUGUGUGUGUGACUGCAUUCUUGAUUUCCUGAUCCCAGUUAAAAAAAAAUCUCAAUUUUGGCAUGCUCUCAACUUUUCGCAUGUUUGGGCCUGAUAGAGUGAACCUGGCAGUGUGUAAUUUGGAUCUGAUCUACCACCUAAAGUUAAAGAUUCAUUUUAACAUUUUAAUGAACUCAGGGAUUCCUUUGGUGAUGCUGUUGAUUUCUAUGGCAGUUGAAAUUAUCGAAUACAGCACUGAUCGCUUUAUAUUGGUUUGGUUUGUGGGAUGCAUAAGAUCUGAAGACCAAAUAUAAAUCUAGAAGAAAAACAUAUUUUCGCAUCUAUAUUCACAUUUGUAGCAUUUAGCAAACAUUCUUAUUAAGAGCAGUUUGUUGAAGUGCUGAGCUGCCUGCUUUCCUUACCGAAAAAGUGUGAUUUUUUUUUUUCCUCACACAUUUCAUGUCACUCUUUUUCACAUGGCUACACAAUGGUAUGUUACACAAUUUCAAGAAUGACAUCAGUGUUCUCUCUUUGAAGGUUAAAAAAUAUGUCCCUGUGCUGCAAUGCUUUCUGGUUCCUCAAAGGUUCUUUGGAUGGUUAAGGGUUCUUAUAUUCCUGCUUGGAACCCUUUUGGAAAACCGUUGAGAACCCUUGAAACGCUGUUCAUUAGGGAAACCCUUAAGACAAACCAACAAACUGUUUAGGGUUCAUGAGUUUCAACCUGUUUAGGGUUCAUGAGUGAUUUCAAGCCGACCUGAAGAGUCCAAACAGACCAACAAGCUCAGACACUGCCAGACCCACACAUCAGUGCUGAAAGGUGUGUGAGCAGUCGUCCAUGAUGCACAGCUAAUGCUGGCCUGGCUGCCUCUCUGUCUGCAGUAGAUUCAUGGCAGCAUUAGGGAACCCCGAGAUGCUCACAAGGAAGAUUAAACUGUGGGACAUAAAUGCCCACAUUACGUGUCGCCUGUGUGAGGGGUACCUGAUCGACGCCACCACAGUCACUGAGUGCUUACACACCUUCUGCAGGAGCUGUUUAGUGAAAUAUCUGGAAGAGAACAACACGUGUCCCACGUGUAGGAUUGUCAUUCACCAGAGCCACCCACUGCAGUAUAUCGGCCAUGACCGAACAAUGCAAGACAUUGUCUAUAAGCUGGUGCCGGGACUCCAAGAAGCGGAGUUGAAAAAGCAGAGAGAUUUCUAUCAGAAACUGGGCAUGGAGGUACCCGGGGACAUCAAAGGAGAGCUGUGCAACAUGAAGGUCCACCUGGACUCGCAGCGCAAUGGCGAAGUAAAAUCUGAGGAUGCAGCAAAGGAGGGAGAUGAGAAACCAGAAGAGGAUAAUGAUUAUCAUCGUAGUGACGAGCAGGUGAGCAUCUGCCUGGAGUGUAACAGCAGUAAGCUCCGUGGACUCAAGCGGAAGUGGAUCCGCUGCUCGGCCCAGGCUACCGUUCUUCAUCUUAAAAAAUUCAUCGCCAAGAAGCUCAACUUAACAUCUUUCAAUGAGCUGGACAUUUUAUGCAACGAAGAAAUCCUAGGCAAGGACCAUACGCUCAAAUUUGUGGUGGUGACAAGAUGGAGAUUCAAGAAAUCACCCCUCCUCCUGCAUUACAGACCCAAGAUGGAUUUGCUGUAGUUGGACAGGACGGUUGUUUUGGCCCAGGACUGCGCAGCGCACUAUUUAUGCAGAGACUAUCAACGUCAUACACACCAAACACACACCAGUCCCACAAUUCAGUCCCGACACGAGCCAGCAAACAACCAAUACCAACUCACUUAAUGCUACUCUGGUGAUUCAGCCAAGCCAAACAGCUGCAGGCGUUCCUUCUACUCAUCAUCCGCUAUGUCCUCGAUAUGUGAAAAGAAAAAAAAAAAACAAGAGAAAGCAUAUAUUUAUACUUUUGUACAGAAGAGAGACACGGAUCCAAGACGCUACCGGUGCUCUGUUUACACACCAACAGCAAACAAAGGGGUGAAGUUUUUAUAUCGCGACCAUGGCUCACAUCUCAGACAGGUGAAGAGCCGCCACUCAGUGUGUGCACUCCUGAGUGGGGGUCCCGUCACACUGCUCACUGCGGAGCAACUUCUUCACUGCCCACUCACUCGUUCAGGUCUCAACAGUCUCGGGAGCACAGAGAAUACAACUAUAUGACGAAAGACAUUGUUCCUAAUACGUUUGAGUUGUGAAGCGUCUCGGAGCUUUUUUUUUUUUUUUUUUCCUUUAUUGCGUCACCGAACGUGGAAUUGUGAAUAGACAAAAUUUUGUGUAGUAAUUUAUGUUCAAUUUACAAGUAUUGUACAUAGAAAUUGUUACAAUGCAAGAGAGAUAAAAAGCUGAUAGAUGAAAUGUAAGAAUGAGCGAGUGUGUGAAUGCAAGACAGAGAUUGACUGAUAGACUGUUCUGAAAUAUGGAUUUUAAAGGAAUGAUUAGAGGAAACCAAAUUUACACCAGUUCUCCACCUAAAUACAGAUGAGAUACAGUGCUUUGCAUAAGUAUUCACCCCCUGAACAUUUCCACAUUUGGUAGUCUAACAAGCUGGAAAUGAAACAUAGUUAAUUUGGAUUAUAUGUCUUUAAUCUGCACAAAAUAACCCAUAAGAUUGAAGUGUGAGGAAAAAUGUAUAUAGUUUCCAAAAUUAUUUAUAAAUAAAAAAACUUAAAGGUUGUGAUUUGCAUAAGUAUUCACUCGCCAUAUCUGUGAUGAGUUCUGGUGCCAUCAGAUGUCCCAUCAUUAGUUGUGUGCAAUCUGAAUAUAAAUACACCUGUUUCUGGAAGGCCUCAGAGAAUGUUAAAGAACAUAACGAAACACUCAAAAUAUCAGUUGGUUUGGUUAUGAAAAAAUCCCAGACUUUGAACAUCCCUCAGAGCACCAUAAUUGUAAAUUUGUAAAUAAUUUUGCAAAGUAUACUGAUUUUUCCCUUAUGGUAUUAUGGAUUAUUAUUUUCUGUAAUUUCAUGACGUAUAAUCCCAAUCAAGUCCAUUUCAGUUCCAGGUUGUAAUGCUACAAAAUGUGGAAAUGGGGUGGGCUGGGGGGGGUGGAGGGGGUGGUUAAUACUUAUAUACUUAUGCAAGGCAAUGCAUGUUCAGAUUUUUUUGCUUUGAUGCCAAACACAUUCUAGUUUUUGGAUUAUAUUUGAGGUGCAAAACUGGUGUAAUUGUUUUUCUUCCCCCUCAAACAUUCUUUUAAACAGUCAGAUGUGUGAAUAUAUAGGGACAUAAAGAAUAUUUGCAUAGUGAGAUUCCUUAUCAGAAUGUGUCCUUUAUCAGAGGGACAUCACCUUAUCUCACUAAACACACAAACUUGUUUUCCCCUUGCGUAAUUAAAGGGGGUGUUUAGUGUCUAUGUGUGAUAAUGGCAGUGAUGUAAAUUGGAAAGCGGUUUUGAAAUGACAAAGUGCUUUUAAACCAUUCUCCCAAGUUAUUCAUUAGCCAUCGCAGAGUUAUUAAUGUCGUCUAAUGAUGGAUCGUUAACUUAAGGCAUAUUAGUCAUGCAGAAUAUCACACACUCUUCAAAUGAACAAACUGCCUGCAUUAAAAAGAAAGAAACAGGAGCUUGUAUUAGGAAGCAAGCAUUUACUGUUUUAAGUGUGUUAAAUACACUAUGUGAUACAUUUCUAUAGGGUUUGUGUCUGGACAUGGACGUGGAUAUGAUGCAGCACAGAAACAUAAUCUGUAUCUUAGCAUCCGUCCCUGAGGUUCCCCCAUACCACACCCAGUCUUAGAACCAUAUAUGCAAUACAUAGGCUUUAUUAUAUGUUUAGCAGAAGCGAUAAGCAUUUAGGUUUCCACAGAAGCUUUAGUAGCCCACUCCUCUACAGAAAGAAUGUAAUCCAUAUGAGUAUCCAUCUGUACAGGUCACCUCUUGUGUUCUGCCACUUUUAGUGCCAAAGGCUCAAAAACACCCUUCAGGCUUCAUGUUUAUUCUGUAUGGCAAGCUGUGUGGAAGGCAAAAUGGAGAGAUCAUAAAGGAAAAAAAACGUAUUUAAUAAUCGGAAAAUGUCGUCUGUCACCAUUCGUGUUUUCUCAAAUUAACAAUUCUUAGGGUUUUUUUUUUUUUUUUUUUUUUUUUUUUUUAAAAAAAAAGCUGGAGCCCUCUUUUAAGACACAUCGAUCCAUAAUAUUUCAGACUUAGCUACAGAAGUUCUUAUAAGCGAGGUCUAAAGGGCUCUCUAUCAGUACUAUCAGUACCAUUUCCUCUCUUUCAGCUACUCAGUGAAGAAAUAAUAACAAUCACGUUUUGAUAUUGAGAUUUGAUAUCUCAUUUUUAUUAAAAUGUCUCCUUUUUGGAAUAAAAAAACAACUUGGUAGACAGGGGAUGAAGUGGUAAAUAUGAGGUCUUCUAGCUGCUCAUUCUGUGUGUCUACUUUCACACGGGUAAAAUGCCAAAACCAGCUUGACCAAAUCUCGUUUUAUUUGGUUCUCAACGUUAUUACACAUCUUGUUCUGUGUUAAAGACUACAGUCUCGCAUCAGAUCUCUUGCCUGUAAUGUGUUUUAUCCUUUCACUCUGGAUGAGCUUACUUUUAUUGAUGUCUUAUAAUGUGAAAUAUUUCAGUAUGUAAUGAAGAAAUGUUAUGCUUUACUCUUUCUAAAGCACAGGUUCUGCUUAUUUGUAUCUUGUCCUUAUUUUUUAGGUCUUUUUGACCUAGUCCUGUUGAUUGGUUCAUGAGCAAUUCACACCUUACUACAGCUUUCUCAUUUCUGUGUUAAUUAAUUGUAUUAAUUACUGGAUGAAAUCAUGAAACCAGGCCAGCAAUUCACCGUGAAUAAUCCAAAAUGGAACAAGCACAUGCAUUAUUAUUUCACGUACUCAUUUUAUAUUAGAUGAGUACUGUUCCGUACUGAUUAAUGGAAAGUGGUCUGGGUGUGUUUUCUCUUACGUCUCAGUUUCUUCGUGGAGAAGGCUGGUGGUGCUGUCUUUCUUUCGAGCUGAUAAAUGGUGCUAAUGUUUUAUACACUUUGUUAAAAAAAAAAAAGUAUGCUUACUAUGGUGCGGAUGAGCGGUGGAUGGUGAAAAGAUUCUCGCUUUUUUUUGUCUGGUGCUCUUGAAUUUUGUACAAGCUCAUUUCUCCAGGCUGUCUGAAAAAAAAAAAAAACAGAAAAAAUAAAA